AUGGCUACAACGACGACAACCAGCGGAGUGUAUAUCCAUGUCAUCGAGGACGUCGUCAACAAAGUCCGUGAAGAGUUCAUUAACAAUGGAGGUCCCGGCGAGAGUGUUCUCAACGAGCUCCAAGGAAUUUGGGAGAUGAAGAUGAUGCAAGCUGGAGUCUUGUCUGGACCAAUUGAGAGGUCAUCGGCUCAGAAGCCAACACCUGGAGGUCCACUGACGCAUGAUCUGAAUGUUCCUUAUGAAGGGACGGAGGAGUACGAGACUCCCACUGCUGAAAUGCUCUUCCCUCCGACACCACUGCAGACUCCCCUUCCGACGCCGCUUCCGGGUACUGCUGAUAAUUCCUCAAUGUAUAACAUCCCUACCGGCUCAAGUGAUUAUCCAACUCCUGGUACUGAUAAUGGCGGCAACGUUGAUGUCAAAGGAAGACCCAGUCCUUACAUGCCACCACCUUCUCCGUGGCCAAAUCCUAGACUUGAUGUCAAUGUUGCUUAUGUGGAUGGCCGUGAUGAGCCUGAGAGAGGCAACUCUAACCAGCAGUUUACGCAGGACUUAUUUGUGCCGUCCUCCGGGAAACGAAAGCGUGAUGAUUCUUCUGCACAAUAUCAAAAUGGUGGCUCUAUUCCACAACAGGAUGGUGCAAGCGAUGCUAUGCCUCAGGCAAACCUUGAGGGAAAUGCAUUCUGCAUAACCUUUGUUAGCGAUAGAAAGGACACACGAGAUUUCUUCUGCUCAUCAUCGACGAUCCCUCAAGCUGAUGGGCCAACCCCUGAUCCUUAUGAUGAAAUGUUGUCGACACCAAAUAUAUACAACUAUCAAGGACCCAGCGAAGAGUUUCAAGAGGGGAGAACUCCUGCUCCAAACGAGAUCCAAACGAGCACUCCUAUUGCUGCACAAAGCGAUAUCAUUGAAGAUGAUGAAGAGCUGUUAAAUGAAGAUGAUGACGACGAUGAGUUGGACGACCUAGAAAGUGGUGAGGAUAUGAACACACAACAUCUGGUUUUGGCUCAGUUUGACAAGGUGACUCGCACAAAGAGCAGGUGGAAGUGCACUCUGAAAGACGGGAUCAUGCAUAUAAACGAUAAGGACAUUCUCUUCAACAAAGCAGCAGGAGAGUUCGACUUCUGA